CUUCAUUCUAAAAUGAUCCUCGCUUCCCGGCGCGGUCGCAGCCCUCAGCCCACUCAGGAUAAUGGCAACAGCUGAGGUACUGAACAUUGGUAAAAAAUUGUAUGAGGGUAAAACAAAAGAAGUCUAUGAAUUGUUAGAUAGUCCAGGAAAAGUCCUCCUACAGUCCAAGGACCAGAUUACAGCAGGAAAUGCAGAGAAUCACCUGGAAGGAAAAGCUGCAAUCUCAAAUAAAAUCACCAGUUGUAUUUUUCAGUUAUUACAGGAAGCAGGUAUUAAAACUGCCUUCACCAGAAAAUGUGGGGAGACAGCUUUCAUUGCACCCCAGUGUGAAAUGAUUCCAAUUGAAUGGGUUUGCAGAAGAAUAGCAACUGGUUCUUUUCUCAAAGGAAAUCCUGGUGUCAAGGAAGGAUGUAAGUUUUACCCACCUAAAGUGGAGUUGUUUUUCAAUGAUGAUGCCAAUAAUCACCCACAGUGGUCUGAGGAACAGCUGAUUGCUGCAAAAUUUUUCUUUGCUGGACUUGUUAUAGGCCAGACUGAAGUGAGUAUCAUGAGUCAUGCUACACAGGCUAUAUUUGAAAUACUGGAGAAAUCCUGGUUGCCCCAGAAUUGUACACUGGUUGAUACGAAGAUUGAAUUUGGUGUUGAUGUAACCACCAAAGAAAUUGUUCUUGCUGAUGUUAUUGACAAUGAUUCCUGGAGACUCUGGCCAUCAGGAGAUCGAAGCCAACAGAAAGACAAACAGUCUUAUCGGGACCUCAAAGAAGUAACUCCUGAAGGGCUCCAAAUGGUAAAGAAAAACUUUGAGUGGGUUGCAGAGAGAGUAGAGUUGCUUUUGAAAUCAGAAAGUCAGUGCAGGGUUGUAGUGUUGAUGGGCUCUACUUCUGAUCUUGGUCACUGUGAAAAAAUCAAGAAGGCCUGUGGAAAUUUUGGCAUUCCAUGUGAACUUCGAGUAACAUCUGCACAUAAAGGACCAGAUGAAACUCUGAGGAUUAAAGCUGAGUAUGAAGGGGAUGGCAUUCCUACUGUAUCUGUGGCAGUGGCAGGCAGAAGAAAUGGUUUGGGACCAGUGAUGUCUGGGAACACUGCAUAUCCAGUUAUCAGCUGUCCUCCCCUCACACCAGACUGGGGAGCUCAGGAUGUGUGGUCUUCUCUUCGACUACCCAGUGGUCUUGGCUGUUCAACCAUACUUUCUCCAGAAGGAUCAGCUCAAUUUGCUGCUCAGAUAUUUGGAUUAAACAACCAUUUGGUAUGGAGCAAACUGCGAGCAUGCAUUUUGAACACAUGGGUUUCCUUGAAGCAGGCUGACAAGAAAAUCAGAGAAUGUAAUUUAUAAGAAAGAAUGCCAUUGAAUUUUUUAGGGGAAAAACUACAAAUUUCUAAUUUAGCUGAAGGAAAAUCAAGCAAGAUGAAAAGGUAAUUUUAAAUUAGAGAA